AUGCUUUUUGAAAUCCUGGAGACUUUUCAUUCCGCGAUUCGUCUCUGUUUUUCUGCCUCAUUAAACAAUCCAACCCUAGCACAGUUGCAGACGACCCUCACAGUUUCACAAGUUACCAUGGGUUAUGCACAGCUUGUCAUAGGUCCUGCUGGUAGUGGCAAGUCUACUUAUUGCUCGAGUUUGUAUGAGCACUGUGUGGCUUCACGACGAACAAUUCAUGUUGUGAACCUUGAUCCUGCUGCCGAAAAUUUUGAGUAUCCUGUUGCAAUGGAUAUUAGGGAACUCAUUUCCCUGGAUGAUGUUAUGGAGGAACUUGGAUUGGGUCCAAAUGGUGGUCUUGUUUACUGCAUGGAGCAUCUUGAAGAUAACCUGGAUGAUUGGCUCACUGAGGAACUAGACAAUUAUUUAGAUGAUGAUUACUUGGUUUUUGAUUGCCCUGGUCAGAUAGAACUUUAUUCACACGUGCCAGUGCUUAAGAAUUUUGUGGAACAUUUGAAGCGGAAAAAUUUUAGCGUUUGUGCUGUUUACUUACUUGAUUCACAGUUCAUGACAGAUGUGACCAAAUUUAUAAGUGGAUGCAUGGCAUGCCUUUCUGCAAUGGUUCAACUUGAACUACCUCAUGUUAAUAUCCUCUCAAAGAUGGACCUUGUGACUAAUAAGAAGGAUCUUGACGAGUAA